GAGACCGCCAGGUUUGGCCUCCAACGCAGCCCGGCCCGGUGACCAGCCGACCCAGGUCCGCGUCGCCCCGGAGCCGAACAGCGACCCCUCCUGUGUGCCCCGGCGUCUGGGGUGCGAGUGUGCAGACGGAGAGGCCCUGAGACCCCGCCCAGCAGGCUAUCAAGCGGGGCGUAGGCGGGACUUGGCAGUCCCGGGCCGCUCCCCGCUCAGACUGGAGUCUGCAGUGCGCCUCCCGCGGGAGAGACGCUGGGGCCGCAGGAGGGCGGGACCCGUCGGUCCCUGCCGCCGUGGAGCUCGCGUUCCAGAGGGGAAGACGGGGGAAAGCGAACCAGACGGCGUGAGGCGCUCAGGGGACUAGGACUGUUUUUAAAGGGGUGUCCGGUGGGCUGCAGAGGGCCCGAGGAAGUGCCAUUUUUGAGGAGCCAGGACGGCCAGGAAAGGUCUGGAGGAAGGCCCGGCCAAGCCGAAGGAGCGGCAGGUGCGACGUGCGAUGGCCUGGGUAGGCCGGGAGAAGGCGGGCAGCGGGAGGGGCGGUCAAGGCGAAAGCCAAGGCUGCCGUGGGCGGCACCCAGGCACCCUGCUAGAAGCGCCCGGUUUAGGGGCUGCUCUGAGCAUUAAGUGACACACAGGCUGUGCUCCAUUUGGGCACAGCCCCUCACUCUUAGCGAGAGGUCACCGAGCACCGGCUUUGUGCCAGGCUCUCGCGAGCGCCGCUUCCAAGGCUCCUACGCCCCGCACCGGUCCUUCCUUCAUUUCUUUCUGUACUUGUCACCGCUGCGUAUUACGCCGUGUCUUCGGCACCCAUCUCCACUUGACAGAGACGGUACCGGGCUCGGUGGCGCCACGCUCGCACCUGAGUCCCACUCUAACCCACCUGCUAGAACGCGGGCCCGGGCCGUCCCUCCGUCCAGUGCCUACCUGUGAGCUUCUGGCCGGAAGGACCCCGCUGACAGACCUCAGCCGAGCACUAACAGCAUCCACCCACCGGAGGUCGUGAGAGCGGACGCCCCCCUUCGUCAUUUCCGUUCCCACGCGACACCACCCACAAACCGGAAGACCUGGAGUCAAAGGGGCGUGGCCUACGAGGGGCGGAGCCGGAAGCCUCUCUAGGUGUCGGAGCCACGUCCUGGGCACGGGUGGUCGUCUUGGGGACUAGCUUCGAGACUGGAGCGGGGCGCCAUGGCGGACUGGACUCGAGCUCAGAACCCUGGUGCUGUGGAGGAGAUUCUAGACCGGGAGAACAAGCGGAUGGCUGACAGCCUGGCCUCCAAGGUUACCAGACUCAAAUCGCUGGCCCUAGACAUCGAUAGGGAUGCAGAAGACCAGAACCGGUACCUGGACGGCAUGGACUCGGAUUUCACAAGCAUGACUGGCCUGCUCACUGGAAGCAUGAAGCGCUUUUCCACGAUGGCACGGUCUGGGCGAGACAACCGGAAGCUUCUGUGUGGUAUGGCUCUGGGUCUGAUCGUGGCCUUCUUCAUCCUCUCCUACCUCUUGUCAAGGGCAAGGACGUGAACCAGUGGGAGCCAAGGGCAGCCAGGGUUUUCUUCACCUGGUAUCCUGGGCUCUUCAGGACUUAAAUCUACAAAAUAUUCCUUUGAAAUUAUCAUCAUGAUCAGGAAUCUUCUUCCUUUGUGGUGGGAACUGUGACUGCCUCUGACCUGAUGAAUUCGUUUUGCCUGGUUCCAUUUGUGAAGGGGACCCUUUCCUUGCCUAGGGGAAACCAAGGCCCAGCCCCCAUCCCUACUCCUGGAUGCCAGAGACACCCAUUCUGAGCAGAGCAGCUCUGAGUCCUGAAUGAGUCUACUCAUGGCCAGCCGCUCUUUUCUGAGCCUCCCAGUCCUCAGGGGUCUGAUGUCUUAAGGCUUUUCUGUCCUGUGUUGUCUGUGCCUGGAUGAGGCUGUGUCUGUGAUCUGAAAAGCCCGAGGCUGACACAGGGAGCUGGUAUGGCUGAGAACCCCAUUUGAGCUGUCUCCUCCAAUGAAGGGUCCUAAGCCUGGAUAUAGUACUUAUUUGGACCAGUGUGGGCCAAGAGCCCUGUUCUAAGGACUUUGCUCUCAAGUUCCUGGAUGAGAUCAGUUCCCCAUGAAGAUCAGGGGCUGUGGAUGCAGGAGUGCAUCAUAACCUUACCUGGAGGCACUGGGCUGGGAGCCUUCUGGGUCACAUAGUUGUAUGUCUAGGAGCAUAAAUGACGUCUUCAGGAUUUAGGAGCUCCCUAGUGCCUAAGAUGUAUCCCCUGGAAAAUAAUCAAGAAACAGGCCAGUGUGGCUUUACAAAGUCAGGCAGUUCCUUGGGGAGGUCUUCCCUGUAAGCACCCUCCUUAUAGGGGUGGAGAUCACCUGUUGAGAGACCUUGUGCUAUUUGUAGUGAGAACUUUACCCCUCCACUUGCUCUGCCCUACCUUGCCUCCCACAGCCAGUCGCCCUCCCUCCCAUAACUUGCUGUGGGGCUGCUCUGAGCUAUCAUCUUUGUCCCUGACUCUGUAGACUGCCCUUUCCUCCUGUCUUUCCUUGACCCUCACCACUCACUUGGCCAGCUCUAGGCCAAUACAAACUGAACUAUGGGGCUGGCCAAGCCAGCAGCUACUGAGGGUCCGCACCUUUGUCUUCACAUGAAAAGUAUCUUUAAGGAAUUAGCCCUGCAGCUCAGUGUCAUUUUUUGUCUUCAUUCUAGUUUGUCUCCCAGUCAUUCCCUCUCUUCCCCAGGACUGUUGGCUCACUGUCCCCCCCUAGUGUGCCACAUCGUGAGGCCUGUCCGUCCAACCGUCUCUGAGCUCCAUGUUGACACAGAACAGCCGUAGCCUGUCCUCUCAGUGUCCUGGCCCUGCCUUACUCUGGCCACAGUCCCAGGCACCUGUCACUUCCUCCUUCUCUAUUUAGCAGGUCCUCUUUUAUCUACACACCCUCACCACAAUCCCCUUUUUUCAUCUCCUGGCCCUUCCAUUGCACCUGGCUGAGCCCCUAAGCCUCUAGAGGGGGAGGAUCUGCUGCCUUUUGUUUUUUCUUUUCCAGCACAAAGUCAGUUCUCACUGCCUCCUUUCUCUGUGUCUUUGUUAAUUCCCUGACACUCUCCCAGCUGGGCUGUUCUGGCUUUUGCUUCCUUCUUGGGCAUUUCUUCAUAGGCCCUGUCACCCUUGUCACCCUCCACAACUUUGGUUUAGCCCUUGGUUCGUCACCAAACAUGGUAGCAGUUACCUGUGUUGUGUCGCCACCUGGUCACUACAGGCACUGUAGAGGGCACAUCCAUAUUCCAGCUCUACAUCCCCGUCAUCCUGGGUCAUGCACUGCUGAGAACAUGGCCGAACCAUGGGAACCACCAGAUGCCAGGACACACUUGCCGUGGUCAGGGCCCACUUAUCUUGCCUGUGAUACUAAGGAUUUAGACCUGUAUUUCAUGAUGACCUUCCCCUGAAGAAGUGCUUUUGCUGUCUCCGAGACCCCCCAGUUGGGUUUCUGCCUCAGGUCUUCCUCUAUCUCCACAGCUCUUACAGUUCUUCCAGUAGUUUUCAGGUCUGUUUUGUAGUUCCUUUCUAGUUUACUUGUCUGCUCCUUGUUCUUCUCCUUGCAUUCUAUGAAUUUUAUGAAAUGGGAUGGCAGCCCUACUGCCACUGGGUCAGGCCAGUUUCCUGAAGGGUUCUAACCAUGGUCCUCCAGCUCAGCCCUGUGUACCUGGCACCUGACCCUAUGGGUAAGUGGGUUUUGCUGACUUGGUCUCCAAUACCAGUAUUCCAGAAACAGUCUUGGGGGUCCGAUGUGAGGGGUGAGAGCCCAGUAUGGGGGCCCAGUGUGAGAACAAGCUGCCAGGCUAUGCCACAAUUCAAGCACAUCUCAACAAUAAAAAUGUGGAAUAAAUAGCUUUGUGAAGAAGGAA